AAAGGGAAGGCGGCGCCUGUCUCGGGCGACAUGGUCCCGGACGGCCUAAGGACUACGACUCCCGGCGUGCCCCGCGGCCCAAGGCCAGAAGGACCCGGGUCCGGAACCGGAUGAGGCUUGCUGACCCGGUGCCCGGAGCGCUGGGGAAAUGGCCACGGGAACAGACCAGGUGGUGGGACUCGGCCUCGUCGCCGUUAGCCUGAUCAUCUUCAUCUAUUACACCGCCUGGGUGAUUCUCUUGCCAUUCAUCGACAGUCAGCAUGUCAUCCACAAGUAUUUCCUGCCCCGAGCCUAUGCCGUUGCCAUCCCACUGGCCGCUGGCCUCGUGCUGCUCCUGUUUGUGGGCGUGUUCAUCACCUACGUGAUGCUGAAGAACCAGAAGGUGACCAAAAAGGCUCAUUGAACGCCCAGCAGGGGUGAGGCUGCCGGCCCCUUCUCUGCUUCUUCUCCAGGACAGACCACGGGUGGGGGCUCACAGGACCCAUUCAGGCUCUGAGGCCCUGCCUGGCUGCCCUGCAGACCCCACCCCGGGGGAUGGAGCUGUUCAGGACUCACCCCUGACUGACCAGAGCCCCUGCUCCUCCCCUGUUCCCCCUUCCAGAAGCCAGGAGGGAGGAGUACCUGGAAGUCACCUCUCACCCUGUUCUGGCUCAGGGCCUGGAAGAUGCUGGUCCUCCCCACCUUACCUUCAGACUCCCUGUCACUUUAUCCCUCGGUUCUCCUCGGUUCUCUUGCCUCAGUUUCCCUCAUGUCACAUGCUGUUGUUGGACUUGGCAGGUUUUAGGGCAUCAUGUAACCUCUCCCCCAUGUCCUCCUCCUCCACAAAGGCAGCUUUUGUGGGUCUGACAUACCCCAGACCCCACAAGGAUUUCUGGACCUGGAGAACCCAGGCCCCAGGGCACAUUAAGGUGGUCCCGGCCGGGGGGGGGGGGGCGCCCCGGAUUGACCACUUCUCAUGGAAGCCCAGCCCCCCAGCCUCAGUGCUGGCCUGUUGCAGAGAGCUGAACAAUAAACGUUGAU